AGUGGGCAGUUGAAUGUUUCAUGAGGAAAAUAAUUUGUUUGGUUUUUCUGUUUUAUACGCUGCUCUUGAUGAAUUUCAAGUUUAGAAACUUCUUUUUGUUUUGAUUUGUUAAGCUUUGUGCUAGGCUUGUUUAUUGAAACUAGGAUAAUACGAUCUCUUGAUUGAAACAAAGUGAAAUUAUUCUUUUGUGCGAAAGACUAGAUCCAUGUUUGUGCUGGGAGCGCAGAGGUAAAAUCGCCCGCGAUGGUUUACUUGUGCUUUGCUGGUGGAUUCGUUACCCUUUCUGUGAAAAUUUGUUGAUUCAUCAGCAGAAGUCCUAAGACGGGAACAUAAGGAGACCUUGAAUGAAUUUGGCAGUGUGCCGUACCGUGCAGGGCCUGUUGUUACAGGAAAACAAGACGCGGACGCUAGGCCUGUGACUCAAGUCAAGAGCUGUCAUUUCGGGAAAUCGCCAGGGACUUCGCCCGAGGAUUCACGCAAGAUGAACACUGCCCUGGUCAUUUUUGCGGUUCUCCUAUGCUCCAGUUGCUGUUUGGCGUUUGAUUGUCCGAAACAGUGCAGUUGUGGGGAGACGAUCCGGUGCAAAGUGAAAGACUUGAGGAUCUUAAAGAAGAUUUUACCUACAAAUAUAACAAGACUUGAUCUCUCGUCAGAUGACAUCACAAAGAUUCCUGCAGGAACAUUUGAAAACUUUACUUCGCUACGAUAUCUAUCUCUCGCAAACAAUUCUAUCAGACAUCUUUCGAGACAUUCCUUUAGGGGACUUCGCAAUCUUCGAGAAUUAAAUCUUAAGGACAAUGGAGAGCUGAUACUAGACAAAGACGUAUUUGAAAGUCUUCCCUCUCUACGAAUAAUCGGUGUGGAUAGCAACAAUAUUCAAAAUCUGUCUGAGGAACUCCGUAACCGGUCACACUCAGUCAACGUAACCAUCGAUAUCAAACAGGAAAAGGUCCAUUGCGAGAUCUACAAAAAACCUACAGAAGAGUGUAUGGCAAAUGGUUACCCCGUCUGCAAUGACGCUAUGGACAUCAGAGAAGAUGUGAUGAAGCUCUCUCCUUUUCCUAAACAUUCCUGUGUACUUGCAAGAUGCGAAAAUAAACAGAAGAAGGUCAUUUGUGUGGCUUCUAAAACAAAUAACACAUGUUGGCCUGGAAUGAUUGGUGAUAACACCGGAGUGAAAUUGGCGUUAUGGACUUUCGGUCUUCUCGCAGUCGCCUCCAACCUCCUCGUUUUGGUGACUUUAUUAUGCAACAGCGAAGUCCGCCGAGCACCUCUUUGUAUAUUCGUCAUGAAUUUACUUUUAGGGAACAUUCUUAUUGGUGCGCACAUUGUCAUAGUAACGGUAUCUGAUACGGUUACAUACGAGAACUCGUCCGAGUGCCAUAAAGAACGAUGGGAAGCAAAGCUUUGUGUACCGCUGUUCAUCGUCAAGUACAUCGGGCUCAUGAUAGUUGUGCUCUCUCUUUUGCUGGUCACGGUGGAAAGAUUUCUCGUUGUCAUAAUGAAAUCUACUCAUUAUAUUGAUACGUGCCGAGCUUUGGGCUACGUGUUCGAGAGUUGGAUAUUCGCAACCAUAGCCACAGUUGUUCUAUGGACUAAAGCGGGAAACUGGGGCUAUCUUUGCUCGACAUUUGCCAGUGGAAAAUCCUUCACAGAUAUAAACAGAGGCAUAAAUUUAACUCUUGUUAGUAUUUGCGUGGUAAUGAUAUUCAUUCAUAUUUUUGUGAUUUGCCGAGCAACACGUAAAGAUCCUGUGGUUGCAGCGACAACGGAUUAUAAAAACACCGUUCGCACGUUCCUUCUUGUUUUGUCGACGUUUUUUGCCUGGGCAGUUCCGUACACCCUUAUCCUCUUCACAGUUCCCGCAAUAGUAACUGAAACAGUAGCUAUGCAAACUAUGGCUAUUUCACUGUCUUUAAACGCUUGUCUACAUACGUUCUUGUACUCAUUUGAUAACGAUCAUUUGGAAAAUCUUUACCGUGCUUUGUCUUGCCGUAAAGAACAGAAAGAGGAUCAGUUAGAGACGGAUAAAAGCAAAGACAGAAAACAUGAUACAGAAAUGGGUCCUUUACCUACGAAGAAAUCGCUGGAGUCUUUGUCAAUGGUAGAGGUUAAAAGCCCUAUUGACAAAGAAUCUUGUGUAAAAGUAGUGCCUGUUCCUGAAAUUAGACAAGGACUGGAUCAGCAAAGAAGAGGAUCUGAACUCUCCAAGGCCGAAGGCGCAGUAAUAAUUACUAAUAAAUCUCCAACUAACUCUCGUCACGAAGAAGCUGUUGUUCUGUUACACUCAGCUCCGUCGUCUCCGUGCACUUUGACGAGGGGCGGCCGAGUGCAAGACGAAGGGGUAAGUGAGUGCGGUACGAUAUCUUCUGACACCAAUGUCACGUGGCUGAGCAGCGAAUGCCCCAGCAUGUCUCCAAGCUCACCAAAUGCACUUCUGAAAAUCAAUGACGGAAACUCGACACUGUCGAGCGGUAUUUCGUCAAUUACUCCAAGUAAGUGUCCUUCUAACGCAGGGAGUCUUCAGCAUCCUAAGAGGAAGAGCAAUUCUGUAGAAAAGGACGCGAAAAGAUAUCGUCUUUCCAAAGGAUGUGCGGGUUCUUCACUGGACCGAUGCGAUAACGACGAAGCUAAAGGUGAAUUAACCAGAGAUGAAAAUCAAAAUACGAAGCGAAAUCGACGAAUGAGCCCCGUGCGGGAUAUUAUUGUUCGGGUUCUAUCACCGAAGCUGAAAAAGAGGCCAAAGACUCUCGAAUGCGUUCCAACUCACGACGAUUCCAAAACCGAGUUGCCGCCUCCUCACAAACGGACUAAAUCGCUCGUAGAAGGGAAAGAUGCCGAAGAUUUGAACGUUAGUGAUGGCAAAAGGAGUCCACUGAGACCUCUAUCGCCUGUGUGUCUCCGGGACAAAAAGCCUAAGGAGCGUUCGAAAGAAAAACGAAACGGUGUUUUAGUGUUUCGCGCAGGAUCAGAUGGUUUAGAAAUUCAUGAAGAUGUUACGUCACCAACGUCUUCAAGGUCCGCAAUAUGUGGAGAGAAAAUUACAGAAGAUGGCCCCACCUCUCCAAAAUCUGCAAAUAAAGCGAUGGACUGGGAGCGGCUAGCAACGUUUUUAGUCAUUAAACCAGUUGCUCCUAAAUCAAAAAUAAAGAUAAGCGACAAAGAUAAAAAGAAAGCCAGACAAAGUCUAGUGGAGACGGCAUCAAAGCCUGCAGAAAGGAUAAGGAUUUACGAGAAUCCUGCGAUCAGCUUGCAGAGUGAACCUGGCUCACCACCCGAUGAGCCCCGAUGUACUUCUCCCCAGUCUCCCACCAGAAGGCUGGCCAAACUCGAGGAGAGUGAUAAACUAACUGACCUUCCAACAGGACUGAAGCAGAAAAAUCGAGUCAGCACCGCUUCCACGGUAUCGCGGGUAUCUAAAUCAAGUUUAGAAUGGGAUCCAUCUUGCGCUUACGAAUAUGGCGAUGAAGACGUCAUGCCUCCACCGCCACCCCCACCUCCUCAGCCCAUCCCCGACCUACCCCCCACCCCCCAACCGAGUCCUGGGCCUGAGAGAAAAGCAGACUCCGCUGACCAUGUGGAGUGCGUCCAAGUGAGACUUGACCCAGCUCAUCGAUACAGCCUUGAGUGGGACCCAACUGGCGUUCAAAUGAGGCUGAGUGUUAUUUCUCAGGAUUCCAAUGCAGAGGGGAAGAAAAGUACCUCUUCACGACAGACAACGGAACCAGAAUACGUUUAGGAGUGCUCGUCACGUACAAAAGCCGAGCAAGUACCAAUCUACCAAUCAUAAAUUUAUAAUUAAUAUCCAUCAAUCAUUUUUGUGGCACGCAGUUUAUCUAAACGCAUCACGUGACUGGAUAUUCCCCCCCUGCUAAAACUGAAGAAUAUCUGGCGAUAAACUCCUAGUGAUAUUCCCCGGUGGCAAACCUUACUUCUAUUACGAUAAAAGUCUUCAUUCACUACGAGAACCUUUAGCUGUUGUCACAGAAGAAGGGACAUGUUUGUUUGUUCAUAAACCCCAAAAAGUAAACACCCCACGAAGCAAACUGUUAGCUGUCCGUAUUGAUUUUUUUCCAACGCUUUGCAAAGUUUUUUGAUGGAUAAUAGACACAACAGGUUUCAUUUGGCGCGAAAACACGGUCGUUUAUUUGUUUUUGGACACUAAACAAACUGUUUGGGUCUUGGAACAGAUAAUAUCCGCGGACAAAUAUCUGAGCAUAAUUUCGCGCCAAAUGGAGGUAAUUGUUUACAUAGACGCAUGUUCGGGUAGAAGUCGUCCGAAUUAGAAGUUAUAUUUAUAUCAAAACUCUUUCUAGGGAACACAAGGGAACCAAAAAUUCUUGCGAAACAUGUCCAAGUAGAGCCAGCACCCCAACCAUUUUUGUCUCGGUUUGGAUAAUUAUUUGAGUCUAAAAAAUAUGAAUAACAAGAGCAUUUCUCUAGGAGAAGUAUUUGUUCGAUUCAUUUGAAUCGCCUUUUAACUCGAUCGGUUUUAAAAUUAAAUGAUAUCUGUUAAGAUGAGUUUUUAAGUAGGUAUUUGGAAUUUUCUAGACAUUUUAAGUUCACUCAUUGAUAAGUAAUUUAUCAAUUCAGUCGUAUUCACGAGUUGUGCGCGCCAAUUUCACAAUUCAUUAAUUUAAAGCGAUGGCCUAGUUUUAACAACCUACUGUAGAAGUAGUGGAGAAAUUUCUUAAAUUUUUCUUAAAGGUAAUGCUCGAACUAUUCGUCUAGACUGAAUAGUCCUGAAGAGUUAAAGACCUGUUUUGCAUUCGCUGAUGAAAGGAAUGCAGAGUUCAACUAAGCAAGCCAAGCCUAUUGGUUAACAGCCCUGAAAGACAGAAAACUCUAAGUUGGCUUUCGAAUCCUUAAAAAAAGAGAAAUCAUAGACUUUAUUAUUCAGUGUGAACUGAAAGAGUGACGCCCAAAAGUAACCUUUAACAAAUUUCUUAUUCACAACUAAACUUCUUUGGUAUUUUUGGCUUAACACGAAGUACACUACUACUUUACUAUAUUUGAACAGCAAUCGCAUUCAUUUGACUUCUAUAACGUGAAUUCCAUAGUCCCUACUUUAGUGAACAUAUGUGAUAUCAGCAGGUAAUGAAAAGCGGACUGACUGUAUUUCGUUUGUAAAAUUCUGUAAUUUAUACUUAAGUUAUUUCAGAAGAGCGUGUUGUGUAUAUUUAAAGGUUACAACCUGAAGACUAAGUAUUGAGUAAUAUAUGAACUGGAGCUGUUUAGGAUAACUAUUUAUGCAACGAAGUUUAAAGUAAAAUCCAUUGUGAAACAUUCA